AUGAAGUGCCUAGUAUGGAAUUGCAGGGGUGCAGCUAAAAAGCCUUUUAAAGUGACCCUUUGCAAUUACAUAAGGAAACACAAGAUUGGUCUUGUGGCCAUCUUGGAACCCAGAAUAAGUGGUGUGUUGGCACAGAAAAAAAUAAAACAGAUUGGCUUUAAUCAAGCAGUUAUAGAGGAUGCUGAAGGUUUUUCUGGUGGCAUCUGGAUCUUAUGGAAGGAUGAGAUUUGUUCUGUUCAGCUCAUUGAAAAAAAGAAUCAAUUUAUCCAUGUUAGUUGUAAUCUCAAUUCUGGUUCUUCCUUCUUGUUGACUGUUGUGUAUGCUAGCCCUAGGGAGGAUUUAAGGGAGGCUCUGUGGCUUGAUCUUAUUCGAAUUGCAGGAGAUGUAGUGGGCCCUUGGAUGAUGAUGGGGGAUUUUAAUGAGAUAGUGUCAUUUAAGGAGAAAAAAGGAGGUGCUUCUAUUAAUUUUACUAGAUGCUCCAAGUUCUGUUCUGUGUUAAAUGACUGCAAUGUCAUGGAUAUUGGUUGUAGAUGA